AACAAUCUGACCAUUUGUACCAUUUGAUUCGCUAAGAAAGGCGGGCAACUUGGUUUUUCCCAAACCUGACACAAGAUGAAUUCUGGAGUAAAAUGUCACUCAUCUUGCCCUAUUGCUUUCCAUGAUUUGAAAAUGAACAAAAAGCAUCGUUAUGUUUUGUUUCACAUCAACGAUGGAGGAGAAGUCAGCAUUCUGAAAAAAGCUGAGAGAGAGGCAACGUACCAAAAUUUCAGAGAAGAUAUGAUUGAAGCAAUGGAGUUGAAAGACGGUCGGUACGUUGUAUAUGACUAUGAAUACCCCAAUAAAUGUACAGACUUGUUUUUUAUAAUGUGGACCCCGAAAAACUUAAGCACCAAAAAGAAUAUGGUGUAUGCAGCCUCAAAGUGUGCCGUAAAGUCUCAGUUCCAAGGAAUCAAACAUUUCUUGGAGGCACAUGACCUAGAAGAUAUCAGUGAAGAGCGUUUUAAUGAGGUGGGGAAGCAGAAUAGAUUGAGUUGAGUUAUUGGAACUUUAAUGUGGAUCAUUUGUACGGAUUACACUCUCUAACUGGAUUUCACUUGUUUUUUUCUAAUUAAUGCAACUCAUCCCAUGUAUUUGAUUUUCAGCUUCGGUUCAAACUUUGUAUUUUCAUAGUCUCUGACCAGACUGUUCUGUGGAAGAUCUAUUGAGUGUUUCAUCUUCAGUCACUUGUCAAUAAAACUUUGAAAGUGAAGUGUGAAAUAAACAAGUCGUUUCGGCCCGGAAUUCGUAUGCAUAUUUGUUAGUUAACUUUGCUGAUCAUCUACAUAAACUUAAAUAUAACACUGAAGAUGAAGGUGUAAUGUGAGAUCGAUAAACGAACACACCGAGGUGAAACACUCACCACCACACCAACUUUCUUUGACCUUGUAUG